CCAGUUUUCAAAUCUGUCUGUGUGUCCUGCCAACUCAGUCGAAAAAUAUCUUCGAAAUAUGGAUAGCCCGUCGAAUUUUAGACAGCUAUGAAGAAACUGAUGAAGCUUGUACUAUAAAAGUUAGUUCAGAAAAAAAUCACUCAACUCUGAAAUACUGAGACAACUGCAACACAGCUGGACAGAAAAGAAGACAAAAGAAGCCUGGAUCUAAACCACAGUUAUAUGAAGACACAAGCAUGCAACAACCACCCCCUCCACAGUAUGGAUAUGGACCACCACCUGGACAAGGUUAUGAUCAGAGUGGUUUUGCUGGAAUGCCAGGAAGUCAGAUACUCAAUGAUCCCAUGGCAAAUAUGGCAAUGCAGUAUGGCUCUUCUCUAGCAGACCAAGGCAAAGAUUAUGUUAAUAAAAAUUUAGAAAAAUAUGUAGCUACAUCCAGAUUAAAGUACUAUUUCGCUGUUGAUACUGCAUAUGUUGGGAAAAAAUUAGGACUUUUGUUAUUUCCCUUUACUCAAUCAGAUUGGUCAAUAAAAUACAAUUCAGAUGAACCAGUCCAACCUAGAUAUGAAUUAAAUGCACCAGAUUUGUAUAUACCAUCUAUGGCCUUUGUAACAUAUGUUUUAGUAGCAGGUAUUGUCCUAGGAACACAAAACAGAUUUACACCAGAACAAUUAGGAAUACAAGCCAGUUCAGCUUUUGUUUGGUUAAUUAUAGAACUUGUUGUUAUUAUGAUCAGUUUAUAUAUAAUGAAUGUCAACACUAACUUAAAAUACACAGAUGUGAUAGCAUAUUGUGGAUAUAAAUUUGUUGGAAUGAUAUUUGCUUUGAUAUCAGGUCUAGUUUUCUUAGCCAAUGGAUAUUACUUCGUACUUUUAUGGUUUGGUAUUACAAUUUCAGUAUUUUUAAUUCGCACAUUAAGAGUACAGUUGUUAUCACAGACAGCUGACGAUGGAUUUUCACGUGGUGGAAGUAAGCGUAGCUGGUAUCUGAUUCUGUCCAUAUCACUUCUACAACCUCUCAUGAUGUGGUGGUUGACUAGUCAUAUCAUGUUUCAUAGAAGCUGAGUGUAAACACUGAACAAAUGAGAAAAUGUCAUGACAGACUGUUGAAAAUUGACAACGUUUAAAGCAUGAUGUAAAAAAUGAAUUUUUUUAUGGCCAUAUAAUGCAGAAGAAAUGGCAUGCUGCAAAAAAAAAAUGAAAUUUUUGUCAAUUGUCAUAUAAUGCAGCAGAAAUGGCAAGCAGACUUAUUUUGAAAUCCAGCUUACAGUUGAAAAGGAUCUGGUUAAAUGGUGCAAUUGAAUGAAGAAAAGAGAAAAACAUUUGAACAUUUUGUUUGCCAGAGAAAUGCUAAUAUUGUAGGGACCAUAGUUUCUUAACACAAGAUUUAUAUAUACAACUAUCUCAAUACAAAUUGUAACUUCAUCUAAUGAAAAUAGUGUACUUAAGGGGGUACAGAACACCUAAGGGAGUUAACUCUUUAAAAAUAGUUGACCAUUUUAGUCACAUACUGUAAGUAAAGAGAAAUCAAGCUUCUCAAUGAUCAAAAUUAGUAUCUGUCAAACUGCUAUAUAUCCAAUAAAAUUAUUCCUGUAAAUUGUGAGGUUCAAAUUUCUUGAAAUUUUUGUAUUUUUGUCAACAGGUCAAAGUUAAUAUUUUGUAAAAAAAUUUAUGAAAAUUAAACGAGCCAAAUCUAUUUUAUCUAAAGUGUUGGAUACCCCCUUAACCAAUGGUUGUAAGAUUAUAACAUGUUUAUUGCUUUCUUUAUGUUUUUGUGCCAAAGAUUUCUUGUAUUAUUUUAUUUGAAAUAUUUUAUUUGUUCUUUUAGCUUUGUGUAAAGGUAUAUAUAUUCAAAUGCAUGCACACGUUUCUGUUAAUAACCAUUCUUUAUGUAAAAGUUGCAUGUCUAAAUAUAAAAUCACUGAUGCAAAGCAAGCAUGAAUAAGGGAGGUAAUUAAUAAUGAAUAUUUUUUUAUGUAAGGGAGAUAAUUUAAAAAAAAAAUCAUAUUUCGGGCUGCAUUUGUGUAAAAUAGACAUGCAUUGCACUUGAGCUAUUUAUUUUAGCCACCAUAUAACUGUAAUUUUUCAAGUUGUGUCCCUGUGAGAUGAAACACGGGAAUAGUAUCUUUAAACCAGUAGGUAAACAAAACAAAAUAUAUUAAUUUUUAGUAUCUACCUUAAAGAGGCAUAGUAUGUGAACCAGCUACAAUGUAAUAACAUAAUAGUUUAGGAUUAAGUCUCUGUUUUUUGGGUUUUUUUUUUUUUUAUAUUGAUGGUUUGUUUGGGCUGAGGACACUGGUAAAUUAAGAUAAUCAAAAUGGCCAAAAGCUGUACAUCUUUUGUAGAGCUAAAUAUAUUGAAAACAGAAGAAAAGAAAGAGGAUUGUUACUGAGUAAUAAAUUAUGAGUUCAUUUGAUAAAAGAAAGACCUAGAGAGAUAAUUACUUAUACCUAUUAGGUUUUCCAUAAAUUGUAGAAUGGAGGUGAUGCUAGACAUUUUUCUCUCCCUCAGUGAUUGACUCAAAAACAGUACAAUUUUGGGGGGAAUUUAAAGUGCAUUCCCAGCAGAAAGAAAAUCAAUAACAAGAAACUAUGCAGGACGUCUUCCACACUUACUAUUCAACUCUUUAAAUAUGGAAUACAUAUUAUUCAUAGUCACAAAGCACAUGCCAAAAAGAUUAUUUAUUCCUGUUUUUUAUUUAGUUACUUUCUCUUUAAAGGCGAGUUUAAAUUUAACUAAAACAUAUUUAUUUUAAUUCUCAGCUAUAUAUUUAAAUUUUGGUUUUGAAAAUUUUAUCCAUACUUAAUAUUUUCAUUAUUUUUUCAGGAAAACACGGUGAUCAUUGUUUAACGAAUUCUGUUGCUCUCUUAAUAUCAAUAUGUUGCUGGUAGCCAGGAAAUAAAUUUGAUUUCACAGUG